GGUCAGAACUAUAGCAUGGUCUCUGAAUUCAUCCUCGUGGGCUUUUCCACCUUCCCUCGGCAUCUCCUGCCUGCCUUCUUCUUGCUGUACCUGCUGAUGUACCUGUUCACCCUGCUGGGGAACUUGAUCAUCAUGGCCACUAUCUGGAGUGAGCACAGCCUGCACACGCCUAUGUACCUCUUCCUGUGUGCCCUGUCCAUCUCUGAAAUUCUGUUCACCAUUGUGGUUACUCCUCGCAUGCUGGUUGACAUGCUCUUCAGCCACAGCUCGAUCACCUUUGUGGCCUGUGCCAGUCAGAUGUUCUUUUCCUUCACAUUCGGCUUCACCCACUCCUUCCUGCUCAUGAUCAUGGGCUAUGACCGCUACUUGGCCAUCUGCCACCCCCUGCGCUACAACGUGCUCAUGAGCCCCCGCACCUGUGCUCGUCUGGUGUCCUGGACCUGGGCUGGUGGCUCAGUCAUGGGGAUGAUGGUGAUCCUGAUAGUUUUUCAUCUCACCUUCUGUGGGUCUAAUGUCAUACACCAUUUUUUCUGCCAUGCGCUUUCCCUCCUAAAGUUGGCCUGUGGGAAGGAGACAUCCUCUGUCACUUUGGGUGUGAUCCUGGUGUGUGUCACAGCUCUGAUGGGAUGUUUAUUCCUCAUCAUCCUCUCCUAUGUCUUCAUUGUGGCCGCCAUAUUGAGGAUCCCUUCAAGUGAAGGCAGGCACAAGACCUUCUUCACAUGUGUGUCCCACCUCACUGUGGUCAUUGUGCACUAUGGUUUUGCCUCCAUGAUCUACCUCAAGCCCAAGGGCCCCCAUUCUAUGGACAGUCACACUCUGAUGGCCACUACCUAUAUAGUCUUCACUCCCUUUCUCAGCCCAAUUAUUUUCAGCCUCAGGAAUAAGGAGCUCAAGAAUGCCAUAAAGAAAAGCUUCCAGAGAAAAUUCAGUCCCCUAAGUUCCUGA